CUCGCGGGCCGGCGGCACAGGACGCAGCAUGACUUCAACAUCCAACACCGCGCGAUGCAACACCUUAAUCGAGCGCGCAGCGGCAUUCAAGAUUAUUUGAGUCUUGGGUCACCGAGCAUGUACUCUGGCGACUUGAUGUACACUCAGCAUUCACAUUCACGAUUUGAAGAAGGUCAUGCUCCACACCACAUUCACGAUUCGCGUCCACCAUUCCAUCUCCCGUUCAUCAAGCGCUUUGCUACAAGCCGACUGAUUCCGCCAUCAUUGAGCUCGCCGCGAUUCCUGAACUGACUUUCUUCCGCAACGCUUCAUCCCACAAGCCAGGCGUACAGCCCCGCAAAAGGCGCUCGUACCCGUACGGCCAUUUCGCACUGCAACGGCAGAGCUUGCAAUUCGUGGCCGGAUCUCAGACAACUCAUUCAAGCUUAAGCCGGCGCUGAACACAUAGAGCUAGCGCUCAAUAAGCAAGCAGGAUCACAUGAUAUCUGGACCGAGCACACCUUCACGCUCGCGCCCAGCCGGGUCGUCAGGCGGAGCACCAACCUAUGAAUCUCCACUAAACAGCAUCAGCAAUCGCAUCAACAAGACGCACAUUUCGAAUCACCCCAAAGCCGCUUCCUAUCCAGGCAAAGCCAAAUCCAACGCGACUGCUGCUGCUGCUGCUGCGGCUGCUGCGGCUGAUAGACUUCCAGCAGCGCCUCAUCAUCCCGUCUUUGACGUUCAAAAGGAUUGGGAACCUGAGUCUAGCAAGGCGAAUACUGGCAAGAAAUCGCAAUUCAGCAGCUCUCGUGGUGAUCGGUAUAUUCCCAACCGGGACUUGUCUAGAAGCAUGACAAGCGCCGAGUCUUUGCUUGAGAACACGGGCGGGGAAGCUCUGCAGAGCUCCUGCUCGUCGUCCACUGGACCUCAGCAGAACGCAGCUUCAAUCGCCAAAGCUAAUCAGUUGCCGACGGAUGUAGCCGGUUCAGAGUCGGCCUCAUUGGAAGCGGCUUCGGGUUUGACGGGCAAUGGACAGAGGAUCCUGAGCUUCAGCGCGGUUGCGCCUCCCUCGCUCUCUGCGCCCGACACGCAUGCGAGGUACGCAGCGACGAAGCCGAAAGCCCUACCGACCUCUCUCACCGCUGGUGGCAAACGCAAAAUUGCUCACACGCCCAUCAAGACGCUGGAUGCGGCAGGUGCAGAUGACGACUUUUACGGCAACACUUUGCAUUGGAGCGCGAGGAACAUGCUGGCUAUCACUCUCUCUUCCGUUGUGUACGUCUGGAAUGCAGACACUGGAGAUGCGACUAGCCUUUUCAGCUUGGACGAGCAGAACGAGAGAGUAGGCGGUGGAGCGGAUGCUAGGGUGAGGAGCUUGAGGUGGGAUGCUGAAGGUAACCACCUGGCUGUGGGAACGGACAGCGGACAUGUGCAAAUUUGGGACGUCAAUGGUCAACAGCGCUUGCGCACGCUCAAGCCUCAUGCUGAAGGAGGAGCGGACAACACGGAUAUGCUGGCUAGCGCCUGGGCUUGUGAUGGCACGCUCUCUACGGGCUACUCGAGCGGACUACUCAGGGAUCAUGAUGUGAGAAUGAGGGAAAGUCUCAUUAGAGACCUCGACAAUGCCCAUUCAGGUGCUGUAUGCGGUCUGGCUUGGAGAGGUGAUGGUGCUUUGCUUGCCAGCGGUGGCAAUGACAAUGUUGUUCAGGUUUGGGACAGGCGCAUGGACGCUCCCAAGAUGCGCAAGACGAAUCACAAUGCUGCGGUGAAAGCACUCGCUUGGUGUCCGUGGAACGAUUCCCUGCUGGCAACUGGAGGAGGCUUGGCUGAUCGCGCUAUACACAUGUGGAACACCUCUUCGGGCUCACGCCUGCACUCCAUCCAGACGCAACAUCAACUAGUAGGCCUGCACUGGUCCUUGGCCUACCGCGAGAUCUGCUCGGUGGGAGGAGAUGUGAAUACCGUGACGGGCUACGAGCGACGUGGCGCCAUCAGCGUCUGGGCGCACCCAUCGCUGGCCAACAUUACGACGAUCGAGAGCCCGCACGAGUCGAAAGCUGUUCGACACUCUACGCUCUCUCCAGAUGGUCAAACGCUCGCUACGAUUGGAGACGAUGACAAUCUGAAGCUUUGGACCAUGUUUGAGACGAGCGAAGAGGUGGCCAAGGAUGCGCUCAAGAGGAAUGGCCAGAGCGCCCUGGGUGGCGCAGCUCAUGAGAGGACGGCACCUUUUGCGACUCAGGCUAGAAGCAGAGGUCUUCGUUGAGGUGGCUUGUCGCGACCUGGCCAUCUGCUUACGGAAGGCCUGCGAAUCUUUGCCUACUUGCUCCUCAUCUCGCUCCAACUGGCGUACUGCGACCGUCUCUUGUCCCGCUUGGUGGUGUACGAGCGGUCUUAUCAUUUAGUUUUCUCGUGAACACAUCCAUCAUAACGAAGUUUGAGCG